CCGAAAGCCUCCGGUCGGGUGGAGACGGCUGCUCCGUAGCGGGAGAGCAUGCAGAGUGUCCUGUUCCUGGCGCUCCAGCACGACCGCAGCCGAAUGGAGAGAAGCGCCAGCCGCUGCCAGGGCAAAGAGGAGAAGAAGGGCAAGAUGAAGAAGACCAUCCUAAAAGAUUGGAAAGCAAGAUUGAAUUACUUUCUGCAGAAUUCCUCCAAUUCUACCAGUGCAAAGGCGAACAAGAAAGGACAACAGAAGACAUGUUUUAGACCUUCUCCUGAAGAAGCUCAGCUGUGGUCAGAAACAUUUGAUGAACUUCUAGCUAGCAGAUAUGGUCUGGCAGCUUUCAGAGCUUUCCUGAAAUCCGAGUUUUGUGAAGAAAACAUUGACUUCUGGCUGGCCUGUGAGGAUUACAAGAAAAUCAAGUCCCCACAUAAACUGACAGCUAAAGCUAAGAAGAUUUACAGUGACUUCAUUGAAAAAGAAGCGCCUAAGGAGAUCAACAUAGACUUUCAGACCAAAAGCAGCAUUGCUCAGAGCAUCGGAGAAGCCACACACACCUGCUUCAGUGCAGCCCAGAAGAGAGUUUAUAGUUUGAUGGAGAACAAUUCCUACCCUCGCUUCCUAGAAUCUGAGUUCUACCAGGGACUGUGCAGAAAGUCACCGAUCAGCAGAGACUCUCAGGAGACAUGAACUCACAACGCAGGAAGGGGAAGA